CUUUUUAUUUUUCUUUCCAAACUCAUUUUUUACUAUAUAUUGAAGCUAUUUUUUGAAAUUCACUGCUCCUAUACAGCCAAAGGCGCCAGCAGGCUAGAGAGUGGGCCAACUUUCUGGAACAGAUAGAGGCCGGAAGUUCCAAAAAUCAAAAGCAUACUUAACAGAGAGCGAGCUCGCUCUUAUUCCAGUGCGCAAACUCAAAAUAGAAGACAUGCGCUAUGCUUGCUGCAAAUUGAAGCAGGACCCAAUGCACGCGCCUGCAGAUACUGCAGAUUUACCUCCGAAAAAGCCCCUAAGAAAUCAAAAUGUCAGCAAGGCCAAAAUUGCCGCAUUGCCUGCAGUUAUUGACAGUGAGUUGUGCUUUUCUCAAUUAUGCGGAGAAAACUGCCCAGUUUGUCUUGGAGACUUUGAGGUUGGGGAGGAGGUUCGGCGGCUGCCAUGUUUUCAUUUCUUUCACGAUGUCUGCAUCGGACCGUGGCUCAUGAAGCACUCAGCCACUUGUCCGCUGUGCAACUUUGACGUGGGCGCCAUCUUUGACGGCAAAGGCGACGGCAGAAACAUUGUGGAAUCUGCAACAAAUAAUAAUGCCGAGCUACACGAACAAUUGUACUUUGCACUCUGAAUCGACAUUUGCAAUUGUAAUUGUUUUGUGUACAUACUCGUUAAUGCUCUUUCGGUGGCCGUCAAACAUUU